AUGUUUGAAUAUUAUGCAAUAGGAAAAGAAUCAAAUAAAAUUCAUGAUAUUCAUAAAUAUCUUUUAGGCAUCUGCAACAAAAAAAUGGUUGAUAAUUUAGUUAAAAAUUAAAAUAAGCAGUAAAGAGUCAGCCCCUCUACUGAAUAAAAAGCAAGACCCUCAUUUAGUUAUCGCCCUAAAGAAAAAUGUAAGGUGACAUUUUAGAUUAGAUCCAACUUUAAUAGGAGCUCAAUAUAAAUAUUUUAAAGCACAACCAAAAAGGAAACAAAUUUACUUAAGCACACUAUAGAAUGAUCAAUCGGAAUCUACUCCAAGAUUGAAAGCGAACUCUAUAAUUUAAGAUUAAAAAAUUGUAUAAUAAAUGAAUUCAGCCAGGGCUAUUUAAACUGCAUAAUAUAAAAUCGAAAGAAAUAUCUCAACUUAACAAGCAGAGAAAACAUCUAAAAACUACUAUCUACCUAAAUGUGAUAGUAAUUGGAUUAUUCAUUUAAGAAGUAUAAGAUAAAGAAAAGAAUAGUUAUGA